CAUGACGGCGUAUGUGAAGAUUUUCUUAUGUGCACAGCGACUGGGUUUGUGUCUCACUAGUUUAACUUGCUGUCGUCUCCCUCCUCCCCACUGCUCAUUCUCCAGGUUGUCGGUGUGAUGCUCAGAGCAGCACAGAGUCUUUGCUUUGCGCUGUGCUCGGAUCCUGCAGCCAGAAUGACGCGCCUGCGGGUAUCUUGCUAUGCCUCGGUUCAACAAAAGAGCGAAAAACAAUUGGAAUAUAUUUAGUGAUUUGUUCCCACCCUCUGCGUUUACCUCUCUAAAACGCUGUGUAAGUUUCUGCCAGCUUCACUGAGAGAUUAAAGAAACCAGAUAAAGAGCGCUGCACCCCCGGUGGCUGCAAACAGGUGUUUCCAUCGUUUGGCGUCGCACUGAGGUUCAUUCACGACUAUUUUCCUACCCGAGUACCAUGUGUGCGGCCAUGUAGUAGUGGGAGGAUGCAAAACCGCUUACGAGACUGGGUGUGCGCGCAUUUGUUGUGAUGCAGAUAAAAUAAUGGAGUUGGAAGAAGGUGCAACGUGCUUUUGUGAAAGUCUUUGUACAGCUUUACGGUGGAACGUGUGGGUUUAUUUUCUAAGUUUUUCGAAGGUACAACGGACAAUUCCUGAAUAACGGCCACAUUCACGAGAAAAGUAUUCAGUUGGACAUGAUCUAACUGGCUUUACUGCACUACUGGGACUAUUUUAUUGUCUACUUUUCAUAGUCUACUUGGGAAAUUCUUUGUUAUUUAACGAAUCGUUUGCUCAGUGCGCAUGGACGUUUAAUUUCGGAAUCCAGUUUUCUGGGGGAUUCAUUUUACGCUUCUCUGUAAUUUUUUUUUUACAAAACGUAGCCAAACUGGCCAUGGCUGCAGCGAUCGCCAGCUCCCUCAUAAGACAGAAAAGGCAGGCGAGGGAGCGGGAGAAGUCUAAUGCCUGCCGUUGCGUUAGCAGCCCCAGUAAAGCCAAAGGAAGCUGUGAAAAACCCAGUCGACUGAAUGUUUUCUCCCGGGUCAAACUCUUUGGCUCAAAGAAGAGGCGAAGAAGACGACCAGAGCCACAACUGAAGGGGAUUGUGACGAAGCUGUACAGUCGACAAGGUUUCCACCUGCAGCUGCAGGCAGAUGGAACCAUUGAUGGAACGAAGGAGGAGGACAAUGGUUACACCAUGUUCAACCUUAUUCCAGUGGGGCUGCGAGUGGUGGCCAUCCAGGGGGUGCAGACCAAACUCUAUCUGGCUAUGAACAAUGAGGGCUACCUAUACACAUCAGAACAUUUUACGCCAGAGUGCAAAUUUAAGGAGUCUGUGUUCGAGAACUAUUAUGUGACAUACUCCUCCAUGAUGUACCGGCAGCAGCAGUCGGGCAGGGGCUGGUACCUCGGUCUGAACAAGGAGGGAGAAAUCAUGAAGGGGAACCAUGUCAAGAAGAACAAGCCAGCAGCCCACUUCCUUCCCAAACCUCUAAAAGUGGCAAUGUACAGAGAGCCAUCCCUCCAUGAGUUGACAGAGUUCUCCCGUUCUGGCAGCGGCACACCCACAAAGAGUCGGAGUGCCUCGGCUGUACUCAAUGGAGGCAAAGCCGUGAGCCAGAAUGAGUCGACGUAGCCCGGUAAACCAGCCCAGGCCUGGGGCCGAACCACGAAACCUUACCUCCAGCAGAGCGUGAAUCCAAGCACCACUUCUCUCACCGAUCAGCGGUUCAGGACUAGCUAUGACAACAAACCACACACAAACACCCAAAUUCCAUCAAUACAAAACAUUUAGGUAUCAUCCUGGUCAAUCAUUAUCAAAACAAUCAUCAAUAGUAAGAAACACAUUGGCACAUAAACCAUUCUGGACUUAAAAACACUUUUUGUUUUGGUUUAGAGAUUUAUCUAUUACUUUGAUCACUAUCUUUUGGUGAUGAUUGCAUACCAGUUAGCCCAUAUUUAUCUUUUUAUUUUUUUUAUUUUGUGUGGACUAAAACUUUUAUUUGGUCAUUAAGACACCAAGCACUCGUGCAUCUGGCAGACAGGGACAGGAAGUUAGACAUGUAGGCAUUCAGGGGAGCCAGUAAUAAUGCUGGUCUACACGGCUGCAGUGGUACAGUACAAGCCCUGAUCUCUGUCCUAUCCAUGCUUCUGUGAAUACAAAGCCUAUAAACUCUCUGGUGUGGUACAGCCUAGUGCUGCCGGGACUGUGGCCAGCCAGAUGGUAGCUCUCCUGCGUCCUAGUGCACACGCUCAGAGACUGAGCUCUCUAGCAUGGGAAAGUGAAGCCUAUGUUCAGCUGACCUGAAAUAUAAAAAGGGGCAGUGUGGCUCUCUUGCAGUUUCUCUAUUCCUUUUAGAAAUGGCUGCACCUUGGUUUUUGCUAAUGUUCUGAAUUAGCAGAGAGCUUUUUAAUUGAUAACUGGUUUGGUGUGUGUCACCUCUUGUUUUUUUCCCCCAUUUCAGUCCACCAUUGUUCAGUAUUUACAUUUGUGUUGCUGUGUCAUCAUUGAAAGGGGUUCCAGCAAACCAAAGACAGAACAAAAGAGUGUCCCUUUAAGCCGCUAAAAACCAAGUCAGUACAAAGGCAAAGCUGGAAUUCUCUUUUUCAUUGUACAUUUUUGAUGAGAGAAAGCAAAGAUUGUGUGGAAAAAAAGGAACAGUGGACACAGAAAGUGAUUUUAAACACUUGAGGAGCUGGCAGCGUGCUUGUUGUGCUUCUCGCCGAUAUGCCCGAUGACUCGAUGGUAUGAAACGACUAUGCUAUGUUCCCAUUCCCUACUGUUACCCCUGUGUUACAAUGUCUUUGUCUCUUGUCCUUGUGAACAGUUUCCUCCCUCUGUGCUUGUGUCAUACUUCGACUUCCCCACCAUCCUUUUUUGUCGACUUCUAUUGACUGAUACAGUUCACCAUAGGAAUAUGGUGCAAGCCCCUAACCAGGAUGCUUGUUAUGUGUUUGAGUAACUUAUUGUGGUGACAAUAUUUUCUAUAUUUAAAAAAAGAAAACUGUGGACUUUUAGGUGGCUUAACAUUUUAUAGGAAGCGUCAUAUUUGUAAAAGUGGAAAAAAAUAUGAAAAAAAAAAC